UUGAACUGAAAACUCGCGGGGUCUUGGGAUUCGGGGUGCGGCGUGGUGAGGGCGCCCUAGGUUGGCUCAGGAGUAGGGAAUGGGUUUUGUUUCCUUAGCUGUCCAAGCUGCAACUGGCUUACAUGGUUACACGGUUAAAGCAUCAUCCCAGGGAAGGUAUCGUAGGAGAAAAAAACUAACUUGAGGUUCCUGAGGUGGAAAAAAUUGUGCCUCGGCCCUUGGGUCCGGAGAUUCGUGCCUCUUCCAUCCUUUACUUAAAUAAAUAAACCAGAAUCGUUAUAUCUGGUUUAUGGAGAAAAGAAAAUUAAUCCCGUUUGUAGAGUCGAGACUUGUUUGAGGUGGCAGAGUCCUGGGGGAGAUGCCUGCCUCUGGCUUAAGAGGUAGGCAGGUGGGGUGAAAACGGAACCCUGCCAGUGGCACACUUCCCGGUUUCCUGCAGUUUUCUGUUCCGCGUCCUUGCUGUAAGGAAAGAACCUAGAUGCUGAAACCCGUGAAAUUUUGGUGUCAGACCCUAAAAUGCUGUUGCAGAGAGCUAGGGAGUGAGUCAUCAAAAGCCCAGGGAAGAACCUAAGUGGGUUUUAGCUUAGUGGCUAUAACGGGAGGGCACGUCGGUAGGCACUUCAGGGUUAGUUACGUAAAUGAUAUUGAUCCAUGGCAGAUGAAAGCGAUGGGUUGGUACCCUUGGAGACCUCCUUGACUUGAUUUAACUGAUCCGAAAGGCUGCGCGGAGAGAGUAAAUGAGGGCUCAAGGGACUGGGAGUUGUUCCUGCAUCCAACUGGUAGUUAAAGAACAGAAGUUUGGAUAGAGUGUAGAAAGGCGGCCGGAAAGUUUUCAUCAUCUUCCAUGGAACUAGAAGCUCUGGAGACCGAGGAUUUAUGGAUUCGAAAACCAAAAAUGAAGGAUUCGAAAACCAAAAAUGAAGAGACCUCUUUGUCACGGAGUCCAGGUGUCUAAGAAGACAUAUGUAAUACGCUGAUGCUUCCUACCUGAGAGUAUGAUUUGAGUCUGGAUGAAAUGAGAGCUUUGACCUUUCAGAGAGUGGCGUUUGCCGUGGGUCUACCUCUGAUAAAACGUACAAUUCAGGAUCAGGCAGAGAAAACAAAGAAUUUUGUCAGUUGGCGCCUGGUCAUUGGAGAAGUCCUCUCCAUAUCAGACAUGGCCACAGGAGUAAAGUUUGGAAUAAUUUAUUGGCGAUUUGGUGGUGCCACCAGGAAUCUCGGAUGCCCAGCACGUGUAACUCAAUGGCUUCAGUCACUCCAGGAGCAGAAAUACACGGGGAUGUUGGCAGUGACCGAGAAGGGCCACAGGAGCAACGUGAGAGGAAUCCCGACGGGAGCCACCUUUGACCUCUCUGCGCAGGAGUUUGUAAUCGACACGCCAUGCGAAAAUGCUGAGAAGAUGUACUUUGGAAACGCCGUGUGUGGGAAUUAUGCAGCAGUCUUUGCCCAGCUCAUCAUAAACGGAAGAUCUCAAGGUCUACACUGUUUCAUCGUUCCUGUGCACGAUGAAGAUGGAAGCAUGUACCCAGGAGUGACAGCUAUUGAUAUGAUGUAUAAAGAAGGUCUGCAUGGUGUUGAUACCGGGAUUCUGAGGUUUGACAAGGUUCGGAUACCAAGGGAGAACCUGCUGGAUAAGUUUGGUUCUGUGGCUCCAGAUGGGCAGUACCACUCCCCCGUUCAGGACAAGAGUGCAAGAUUCAACGCGACGUUGGCGGUGCUGACCCCUUCGAGACUGGCUGUGACUUUCCAAGCUACACGCUCUAUGAAGCUUGGGUUGACGACAGCCAUUCGCUAUAGACACAGCCAGAGGCAGUUUGGGCCCAAAGCCAAGGAAGAGGUCAAGAUUACUGAGCACCAAAUGCAGACCCUGCGGCUGACGCCUCACCUGGCCACGCCCUUGGCCCUGACCUUCGCCAGCAGGUAUGCCGGCAUCCUUCUGAACGAGGACAUCUUCCGAGGUCAGGAGCUUGUUGGCAGUCGCCCGCUGCAGGUGCUGGUGAUGGGGCUGAAGGCCUACAGUUCCUGGGAGAACAUCGGCUGCCAGCAGGACUGCUGAGAGUGCACCGGAGGCCUGGUUGUGGUUCAGGAACUGCUGGCUCAGUACACCAAGCAGUAUGAAGAAAGACCCAUCUCCAGCCUGCUCCGAAACUGGACGGAAUCAGGGGGUGAUAAGCUGAGAACCAGGUACGUGACCGUUCAGGCUGCCAACGUUGUUGACCCGGUGACGAGCAAGAGGGAGGACUUUUUCAGUGCCUGGAACUCGUGUCUUCACCACGUCACCUGCCUGUCUCUGGCACACAUUCACAGAGUCACUUUAGAGCGGUUCUCCCCGGCCUUGAGGAGGUGUCCUGAAGAGGACCAGGCUUUGUUAAAGAAAUUUUGUCUGCUAUAUGGAACCAAACUGGUGUUGCAGGAGUUAGCCUGGUAUCUAGAACAUAAAUAUUCGGCUCCCCUGGCCAGCAUGAAGAUUAGGCGUCAGUUGCUCUAUUUGUACAACUCACUGAAGGAUGAUGCCCUGAGGGUGAUCUCCGCCUUUAACAUCCCACACACCUCCCUCCACGCACCAAUCGCCGGAAUCGCCAACCCGAUGGCCUCCUGGGCCUUCUACCCAGCAUCGCAGCAUCCCCUGGCCCGGGAAGGAGCGCGGUCUCCGCGGCCCAAGCUGGGAGCCAACUUAUAG